UUUUGAACGUUUGCGCUCGCCACCACUGUCUUGUGUGUCACAUUUUUUAAAACAUUAUCCAAAUAAUUGUGAUGAAAUUCCAAAAGACAGUUAAGACUGUGUCACGAUCCAGAGAAGACGUGCAUGGAUUUCUGAACCAAUGAUUUUUUGAAAGCAGAUGAUAUCUGGCGCUCCUCCUGUCCUUGAUUUUUCCUCUCCUGUCCUCCCACCGCUGGACUCCAGAGUUUGUGGACGUGUUUGCCAAUGAAAAUGAACUUUUUGGCUUAAGCAGAAUUACGCUUGAUCAUCUUUUGCCACCUUUUGAUUUAUCUUUGUUUUCUAGCUGAUGUAGGCCUGACGUUGCCCCGGUCCAUUUUAAUAUUUUAUAUUUCCUGAUUUUGCUUCAGGUUUGAUUUUGAACAGAUGAACUGUUCCUUGGUUGACUGAACAUCACAUAGGUCAAGCGUUUUAAAUCUUUUCUUUAUUUUGCCGAAUUCAUUUCUCCAAUUGUGAGCCAGGCAUCAUUUUGACUUAAUAGUUGUGAUUCAGCGUAAAACUGCCUGUGCUCGAUCAUCCAGUCUGGAUUUACAGUGGGGAUCAACCACGGUCUUUAUCUGACAGUCGUCUGUCACACCAGCCUACCCGAAUCCUCAGUCUACUUCAACGGUCAGGCACAUCUCCAUCCAGGGCUAUGAGAGGAAGAGAUAAGACCAAGCUCACAUCAUCAUGCUGGAGUUGAGGAGAGAGAAUGGGAGUUGGGCUGGCAAUGUUCAAGGGACUGUACCUUCACUCCUCCGCCAUGCUUGUCAGCCUCUACCUCUCUUCUUCCCCUUUCUCCGAUCGUCGCGUCCUGUCUUUCGUCUCCCUCGCUUCUUCCUCCAAACCACCCCUCUCCCUUGUGCUCCUUCUCCUCGCUCUCCUCUUCUUACCCACCUGCGAGUCUCGCCGUGGAGGCGGGGUUGGAACCCCAGUCGGAGGUAUGAGCGGCGGGGACCGCAGCCAAUCGAUAAUCAGCCCUCCACAUUAUCCUCCGCCGGGAGCCAAUCCAGUGGCUCCUCCGUUGCCACCAAAGUUUGCUCAAGGCCUUAGCAUCGCAGUGAUCCUUGUGGGAAACUCCAGCGAGGUGUCGCUCUCUGAAGGUCUGGAGAAAGAGGACUUUCUACAUGUCCCGCUCCCUCCUAAAGUGGAGCUGGUCACAAUGAACGAAACGGACCCUAAGAGCAUCAUCACACGUAUCUGUGCUUUAAUGUUACGGAACUGGCUCCAGGGUGUGGUGUUUGGGGACGAUACCGAUCAGGAGGCCAUCGCUCAGAUAUUGGACUUCAUCUCGGCUCAGACGCACAUCCCCAUCCUGGGUAUCCGGGGAGGCUCUUCCAUGAUUAUGGCCGCCAAGGAUGACCAUUCCAUGUUCUUCCAGUUUGGUCCUUCUAUAGAGCAGCAAGCCUCUGUUAUACUUAACAUAAUGGAAGAGUAUGAUUGGUACAUAUUCUCCAUCGUCACCACUUACUACCCUGGAUACCAGGACUUUGUCAACCGGAUCCGGAGCACCAUUGAGAACAGUUUUGUCGGCUGGGAGCUGGAGGAGGUGUUGCUGCUGGACAUGUCGGUCGACGACGGCGACUCGAAGAUCCAGAACCAGAUGAAGAAGCUCCAAAGUCCUGUCAUCCUCCUGUAUUGCACUAAAGAAGAAGCAACGACCAUCUUCGAGGUGGCACAUUCUGUGGGCCUCUCGGGUUACGGUUACACCUGGAUCGUACCUUCGCUGGUGACCGGUGACGCUGAUAAUAUACCCAGUGUCUUUCCAACAGGUUUGAUCUCCGUAUCCUACGACGAGUGGGACUAUGGCCUGGAGGCUCGUGUGCGUGACGCUGUAGCCAUAAUCGCCAUGGCAACCUCUACAAUGAUGCUGGAUCGGGGUCCUCACACGCUGCUUAAAUCUGGAUGCCACGGCACACCAGACAAGAAAGGCAGCAAGUCGGGAAACCCCAACGAGGUGCUGAGGUACCUCAUGAACGUGACGUUCGAAGGGCGUAACCUCUCCUUCAGUGAAGAUGGUUUUCAGAUGCACCCCAAGUUGGUCAUUAUUCUGUUAAAUAAGGAGAGGCAAUAUGACAGGGUAGGAAAAUGGGAGAACGGGUCUCUGUCAAUGAAGUACCACGUGUGGCCUAGGAACGCAGAGGAACGGGAGGAUGACCACCUGUCCAUCGUCACGCUGGAGGAGGCUCCGUUUGUUAUCGUGGAGGAUGUUGAUCCUCUCAGUGGCACCUGCAUGAGGAAUACAGUACCCUGCAGAAAGCAGCUUAAAAUCAUAAAUCAGACAGUAGAUUCAGGGAUCUACAUUAAACGCUGUUGCAAGGGCUUCUGUAUAGACAUCCUCAAAAAGAUCGCCAAGUCUGUGAAAUUCACCUAUGAUCUCUACCUGGUGACCAAUGGGAAGCACGGCAAGAAGAUCAAUGGCACAUGGAAUGGGAUGGUUGGGGAGGUGGUGCUUAAGAACGCACACAUGGCAGUCGGGUCUUUGACCAUAAAUGAAGAGAGGUCAGAGGUCAUCGACUUCUCCGUGCCCUUCAUAGAGACAGGGAUUAGUGUCAUGGUCUCUCGUAGCAAUGGCACGGUGUCUCCUUCUGCCUUUUUAGAGCCCUUCAGCGCUGAUGUCUGGGUAAUGAUGUUUGUGAUGCUGUUGAUAGUUUCAGCCGUGGCCGUCUUCAUCUUUGAAUACUUCAGUCCUGUUGGCUACAAUCGCUGCUUGGCAGACGGACGAGAGCCUGGUGGUCCGUCUUUCACCAUCGGAAAAGCCGUUUGGCUUCUUUGGGGUUUGGUCUUCAACAACUCUGUGCCCGUGCAGAACCCCAAAGGCACCACGAGUAAGAUCAUGGUAUCGGUCUGGGCCUUCUUCGCUGUGAUAUUCCUGGCCAGCUACACAGCAAACCUGGCUGCGUUUAUGAUCCAAGAGGAGUAUGUGGACCAGGUGACUGGCCUGAGUGACAAAAAGUUUCAACAUCCCAAUGACUUCUCCCCUCCGUUUCGCUUUGGCACCGUACCGAACGGAAGCACGGAGAGAAACAUUCGAAACAACUACAAGGAGAUGCACAGCUACAUGACAAGCUUCCACCAGAAAAAUGUGAACGAGGCACUUCAUAGCCUGAAGAACGGUAAACUGGAUGCGUUUAUCUACGACGCAGCUGUCUUGAACUACAUGGCCGGCCGCGACGAGGGCUGUAAACUGGUGACCAUUGGUAGCGGGUACAUCUUUGCCACCACGGGGUACGGCAUCGCCAUUCAGAAAGACUCGGGCUGGAAGAGGGCAGUGGACCUCGCCAUUCUACAGCUCUUUGGAGAUGGUGAGAUGGAGGAAUUCGAAGCCCUGUGGCUGACUGGCAUCUGCCACAAUGAGAAAAACGAGGUGAUGAGCAGUCAGUUGGAUGUAGACAACAUGGCAGGUGUAUUCUACAUGCUGGGAGCCGCUAUGGCGCUGUCCCUUAUAACAUUCAUUGCGGAGCAUCUGUUCUACUGGCAACUCCGAUUUUGCUUCAUGGGUGUGUGCACGGGCAAGCCCGGCAUCACCUUCUCCAUCAGCAGGGGCAUCUACAGUUGCAUCCACGGUGUUCAGAUCGAGGAAAACAAAUCUGCACUUAACUCACCAUCGGCCACUAUGAACAUGAACAUGAACAACACCCACUCCAACAUUCUCCGCCUGCUGCGUACUGCCAAGAAUAUGACCUCUGUGCCCGGGGUAAACGGUUCACCCCUCAGCGCGCUGGACUACAGCCAUCGCGAAUCAGCCGUUUAUGACAUUAGCGAACAUCGGCGUAGCCUAGCAGGCCACUCCGACUGCAAGCCUCCACCUUACCUGCCAGAAGAUAACAUGUUCAGCGAUUACGUAAGCGAGGUGGAGAGGACUUUUGGGAACUUGCACCUGAAGGACAACAACCUGUACCAGGAUCAUUACCUACAUCACCAUGGGGGCACGGGAUCCGAACUGGCUCUUGGUAUGUCGGGUCCCCUGCCCAACCGACCUCGUAGUUUAGGAAGUGCCAGUUCAUUGGAGGGUGGGUACGAUUGUGACAGCUUAGGGGGAGGGGUAGCGCCCAUUUUCACCACCCAGCCACGCCAGUCACUGACGCACCGGAACAGGGAAAAGUUUGACCUGAUUGCGGGUCACCCAACCCAAUCAAGCUUCAAGUCCGGCCUGCCCGAUCUGUACGGGAAGUUCUCCUUCAAGGGAGGGGCAUCCAGUUCAGGGUUCAUUCCGGGACACGACAGGUACUGCGGGGGAGGCGGGGUGGGCUCGGGAGGGGACGACGGAAACAUUCGUUCCGACGUGUCUGAUAUUUCUACUCACACCGUCACCUACGGCAACCUCGAAGGGCACGGCAAGCGUCGCAAGCAGUACAGGGACAGUCUGAAAAAGAGGCCAGCUUCUGCCAAGUCCCGUCGCGAGCAGGAUGAGAUUGAGCUUGGCUUCAGGAGACGCCCCCACCACACUAUCCAUCAUCAUCACCACCACCAUCCCGCAACCCAAGCACACCGCUCUGCCACACCGCCUGUGGAGCGCAAGAGCCAGAGAAGUGGUAACUGCACCCCUUAUCUAUUCAGAGACAAAGAGAAUUUGAGGGACUUCUAUGUGGACCAGUUUCGAUCCAAGGAAGGGGCAUCCCCAUGGGAGCAUUUGGAUUUAAGCGAUGUUCCAGGAAUGGGUGGGGGUGGUUGCGGUGGGGUAGUUAGUAGCGGUGGUGGCGGGGCAGCGUGCACUAGCAUGGUUCCCAUGGAUGAUUUCCUGAAAGGUAAAUCCAAGAAGACAGAGUGUAAGGGUGGAAUGGGAGGAGGAUCACCUGGGCAACAGAGCCAUGCAUGCUGGGAAAAGGGGAUCGGAGGGGUGGGGGGCUUGGCCGGAGGGGAUUGGGAGUGUCGGAAUUGCCACAGCGGAGGAGUUGGAAGUGGAGGAAGCAAGCCAGUUUGCAUGCACGGGGGAGGUGGGGGCGGGGGCUACCCAGCUGCCGGGGGAUCCAGUGCGGGAGGUGGAGGAAGUGGGCAAAUCUCAAGCCGCCCCAGCUCAGCCACCUGCAAGCGAUGUGAUUCGUGCAAGAAACCGGGCAACCUGUAUGACAUCAGUGAGGACAACCACCUCCUCAUGGAUCAGAUCGGGGGCAAACACGCUCUGGAGAGCGCAAAGGGAGGGGGAGGUACAGGGGCCCAGACCCAGGUACAGAGGCGGAAAUUCGGCCCGGGCGGUAAGGUUUUGCGCAGGCAGCAUUCUUAUGACACAUUUGUAGAGCUGCAGAAGGAAGGGGCAGGCAGGAUGGGUGGGUUUGGAGGUGGCGGCGGAGCUUCAAUGCUUCCUCCACCUCGAAGCGUGAGCCUAAAAGACAAAGACCGCUACAUGGAGGGCGUGAGCCCCUACGCCAAGAUGUUUGAGCAGUAUGCGGGAGGGGAUCAGGAGACAAGCUAUUUCGCUGCAGGGGACAGAGGAAAGGGUGGGGGGUCGUCAUUUAGCUUAUUCCGAGGGGGUGAAGGUGGGUUGCACCGUCGCUCCGUGGGUGAGAAAGACAUGAGGGACAGGGAUAGAGGCAUGAUGGGAGGAGGUGUGGGCGGUACCCGAGGGGUCGGGACUUACUCCUUGUCUAAAUCUCUCUACCCAGAUAAGGUGAACCAGAACCCAUUCAUCCCAACCUUCGGUGACGACCAGUGUCUAUUACACGGUGCCAAAUCAUACUACGUCAAAAAGCAGCAGGCGCAGCCGCAGCAGCAGCAGCAACCGACGCCACAACAGCAGCAGCUCCUCAACAACAGUCGGGCUGAUUUCCGGGGCUCCAUGGGCGUGACUUCCUAUUUGCCUGUCUCUGCCACUUCCGGGGUCUUGUCCAACGUGGCCCCUCGGUUUCCCAAGGAGCUUUGCCUGGGGGGGCCUCUUGGCAACCACCACAUUGGAGGACCUAGCAACAACAAGCUGCUGUCAGCCAGGGAUGGGUUAGGAAUGGGGCAAGGACAGAGACCGUUUAAUGGCUCGAGCAACGGACACGUUUACGAGAAGCUUUCCAGUAUAGAGUCGGAUGUCUGAAGGGGAGAGUUCAAGGUGGAUAGAUAGACGAAAAAAGCAGACGGACAUGACUAGAAAGAAACACGAAAGAGCAGUGUGUAAUUAGUACCUUCAUGCUUAAAAAGAGAAGAGGAAACCGUGUGUAAGGAACUGACUCGUGCUUUAAUGAAUUGGAUGAUGCGCUGUUAAGCUUACAUAUGUAAAUAGAGAGAUGGGACCUGCCCACUGUUGAAAUUGUGAGAUUAGAGGGAAGAAACCUCAGUUUUAUUCUCUCAUUUCUUUUUGUAUAUCCCACUAUCGACAGAAAACAGCGGCCAAUACAGCUUACAGACAAUUACAACCGCGUACAAUACUUUGUACAAUCAUGGAUGGAAACCAAUUACUGUUUUUAAACAACAGGGUAAACUUACAAUAACUGUAUUGAUAAUGUUCUUGAUAAUAAUAUUAUUCUAUAUUAUUACAAUGUUUAUGAUGUUCCAUUUGGGCUUGGUUUAUGGGUGUUUUAUGCUGUUGCAUAUUUGUACCGUAGUUUCAGUUCUUAGUUAACAAACCACUUCGCAGGAGGCUUAUUUGAUUCCUUAAUUGAGCUUUUUUGAUCGUCAAUUGAGUUGUAGACGAACUUGGAAUCCACAAAGGUUCUUUAUUAUUAAUUAUUCAAGUUUAUUUUGCCAGUAUGGAGUGCUGUAAAAUGUGUGUACAAGGCAUGAUUUGCAAAGUACUUCAGCUGUACUUGAGAUAUCCUUGUGAAGGAAAUGUAUUAUUAUUAUUAUCUCCUUGUUUUAUACUUUCUUGUUUGUCAGAACAAUAUGGGUUUGAUACGCAGCACAUUACGUGCCUUACCAAUUCUUACAGGAUACCAGAUGUACAGGUUGUAUCGCCAUGGUAACUUUCUGGUCACUGUAUAUGGAUUUGUCAUUGGGUGAUUCAUAUUAUUCUGGAGCUGUCCUUUUAAUGAUAUAAGCACUGAUAUCUUAUAUCAAGUAGAUGUAGGCUUGUCGGAACACAUUCAAAUUAAUCUCGAGGACGACGUUCUAAAGAAAACGAAUGAAAUUAUCGUCCAGAUAAUAAUAUGAACAUAAUUCAGGUUUUGCACAACAGAGUCGAGAUGUUAGGCGUUACUCAUAUUAUGACAACAAAAAAAUGAUAAUUUAUUUGUUCCCCAUCUCGAAAGACGUCUCAAAUUAAGCACCAGAAUAAAACCUGUGUCAUGGGAUUGUUUCCUUUCAGAAUACAGUUCUGCAGGGUUGUGCAAGAUAUAAUGAAACGCUUGCAUUUUCUGUAUAUAUUUUGUUUUUUCACUCUGUGCGCUGAAUAGACAAAAAGGAUGUAACUUCACAGGUUUAAGUUUUAAAGCAUAGAUCAGAUCUUAAGAAUUAGGUUAACAAUCCAACUCUGUUCCAAAAGAAAAACAACGUCCAAUUUUCCAUUUCAAUACCCACUUGUAAGAACAGAGAUAUUUCUCAGGAAUUUUGGUUGGGCACACCCAAAAACAAACAUAUCAUUGAACUAAAUUGUCUAAUUACCUGAAUCAAUAAACCUAUAAGCUCAUUUAUUUGGAUAACCGUGGGCCACAGAAGCGAACUUAUCCAAAAUCUUUUCGAAACGUUCCAGGGCUGUCCGAUCGCUUGUCGAACUUUUAGCCCACAGCUCCGAUCAAAUCCUUUACUUGAAUACCAAUCGCAGAUUUUGUUGAUACAUUUUCUUCGUGAACGAACUGUUAGCUGAACAGAUCUCCACGUUAAGCACAAUAUUUAUAAUAUUUGGUUUAUAAUUGAUGUAUCGCUAUCGAUUUGUGGAUUUUUACCUUAGCUUUUUGCCACUUUCUUUUCGCGACUCGGUUGUCUUUGUGCGAAAGUUUGUGUUUGAAGAGGAGCCUGCAUGUCUUUUACUUAAUUAUUGCCAUAUCUUUAGCGUUUCAUACAUUUAUGUCGAUUAAGAUAUCAUGCCUGCUCUGUUGAUGAACUGUGCGGCACACAGGAUCGGGAUGAUGACAGUAGCUGUGAUUUUAACGAAAUGAUAAGGUGUUUGAAUAUGGAUAUGACAAGGCAAAACCUUCUUCACGCAUUGCUUGAUGUUGUCAGGCAAACCAAAAAUGUGGGUGAUAAUAGGAACAUUGUCAUUGGUUGAAAAUCAUUUUUAAAGAUUAUUGUUGAAUCCAUGUAGAGCUUAUUUUUAAGUUCAUAAGAAUUUUUCAUCUUUCUUCGCAUUGGGACCAUGCUUUUAAAAAGACCCUUUUUAACUUAGUUAACUUAAACGUGCUUUUCAUUUUGUUAAAUCUUUAACAAUGUCUCAUUUCUCCUAACAGUUUGAUUUGUGACAUUUUCUGUCCAUCACAGGAGAGUCAGACAGAUUUUGGUGUGUGUGAGUGUCAGAGACGGUUGCCUUUGCUCUUCCAGAAAAGCUUUCCAGUUUUAUAUUAAGUUUAAUCUAAAUUCACACUUUAAAGAUGUGGCCUUGUUAUAGCGUGCUCAUAUCAUUUGAUAAAUAACAAUUCAAACAAUUUGCAGCAGAAGAUACUAGAGGAGGCGGAAAGGGAAUGAAAGUAGCUAAUGUUUCUUCAAUGUUUUAUUCAUUCUUGUUUUAUCUUUUUCUUAAUGAACGGUAGAUUACGACUGCUGUUUCUUACCGUUUUAUUUGCUUGUCAUCUAAGCCCUCAUGUACCCUCCCCAGCAUGGUAGGUUACAUUUGAUUGUACGUGCAUCUGAACUCAUAUGCUUGAUUACCUCUGGUGCGAGUUGGCAUGUGUGCGCAGGUGUUUGUGUGUGUGUGCACAUUUGUCUGUGCACGUGUGUGUGUGAGAAACAGAGCACAGUGCAAUGGGUAUCUAUUGUUACGUCUGCUGUAAAUAAUGAUGUCCCCAUUCCACAGACUUUUAAUACAUGGCGACGAAUAUUUAAAAUCUAGGAAUUUGAGAUACAUUUUUGUCUGGAGGAUUUUUAUAAAGCCACACGGGGGAAAAAGUUAUUAGACCGCAGCACACGGUGCCAUUCUAAUAACUGAAUCUGAGAAGCAGAAUUCGAGACGAAACCGACACCUUUGCUGUCUUAAUUCUGUCUUUCUUGUGGUUUUAACCACUUGUUUUAAAUGUUACUUAACGCUUCACAAUUGUACAGAUUCUGUAAAUAGGACAAAACGGUUUCUUUUUUUUCCCUGUUUUUGUAUAGAGAGAGAUUACAUGUGUUACGACUACAAUAAUAAUUUAACGAGACAUUUCACAAUACUUAAGCUAUUGAGAAUACAGACACAGUGUGAAAAUAAGUGCUAAGAUAUAUUCUUCUGUCUCUUUGUACAAAACGGUGUUGACUAAUAACAAAA